AUGGCGCCUGAAAGAGCUGGCAAAAGUGUUUUCCUGGGGAAUAUCCCCUAUAAUCUCAGCGAGGAACAGGUCAAAGACAUCCUCAGCACCGCCGGCACAGUCACCAAAUUCCGCCUGAUGAUGAACCCGGAGACAGGAAAACCAAAGGGAUAUGGCUUUGCAGACUUCGCCGACGCCGACGCGGCCGCCUCUGCAGUUCGAAACUUGAACGAUUACGAGAUUAUGGGCCGAAAGAUUCGUGUGGAUUGGCCCCAUAACAAUGAAAAAGACUCGAUCCCUCCGGAUUAUUCGCAGACAGGCCAAAUGCCCGGACAAGCAGAUAGACAACUAGGAGGUCAACAGCAGUCGGCCCCGUUGCCUCCACUGCCCCCCGGUGUGGAAUUGCCCCCGCAUCUCGAUUGUCCCAACGCGAUCUCUCAAACCCUAUCCUCUCUUCCUCCCAAUCAGCUCCUAGAGGUGCUUUCUCAGAUGAAGCAGCUGGCCACCGUUGAGCCUGCGCGAGCCGCCGAACUCUUGCGAACGGCCCCCCAAUUAGCAUACGCCAUUUUCCAAGCCUUGCUUCUGAUGAAUCUAGUGGACUACAACACCCUCGGCUCGGUUGUGGAGCAAGCCGCGCAGCCUGCUGCUGCCGCUCCUCCUCCUGUUGCUACUACGCAGGCCUUCCAGCCUUUCUCUGCGGUACCUGGCCAAAUCUCCACGCCUCCGAUGGCCAAUACACCUUUCAACCCCCAGCCGGUACCGCAACCUGCGCCGCAACCACAGGUUCCUGGCCAGGACGAGCUGCUACAGCAAGUGCUCUCCAUGCCCCAGUCGACCAUCGAUGAACUUCCCCCAAUGGAACGGACUCAGAUUAUGCUGCUGCGACAGCAGCUCAUGCAAGGCGGAAUGCGAUAA